ACUACCUCCAUAACUCUCAAUCAAUCCUCUCUUUACAGUAGUCUCUCCUCUUUCUUUCUUCCUAUCACAGACAGAUAUUAUAGAUAUAAAGAAGUUAAAGCAGAGAUAAAAGAACAACCACAGAUAUAUAUAUUUGAUUGUUACAUGGAUGAAAAAUGGAAGCUAUCAAAGAAGGAAGGUGCAACUAGCAGCCAUUCCUUAACAUCUUCAAAGUCACUAUUUGCAAGAAGUUCUUCAACAAAGAGCCCUUCUUGUUCUUCUUCUUCUAAAUCUCCAUUCACAAGGAGCUCUUCAACAAAGAGCACUUCGUCAAAGUCUCCUCUAUUGAGAAGUUUUUCCCAGAAAAGCUCCACUUCAAAGUGCCCUCUUCCCCGGAGCUGCUCACAGAAGAGUUCUUCCAUUAGCAGCAAAUGUAGUAGCUUAGCAAAGGAACAGAAGGCCAGGUUUUACAUCAUGAGGCGCUGUGUUGCCAUGCUUGUUUGUUGGCACAAGCAUGGCGAUUCUUGAUAUAUGGGAAGAAGAGACCAUGAAUAUAUUAUAUAUCACAUAGAGUUAAGUAUGUACUCUUUCUCUUUUGUUGUUCUUGCCUUCUUUAUGCGAGAUGGGUCUUUGGGUUUUGUUCCAAAACUCAUAUAAAUUUUCUUACCAUCCGAUCAAGAAGAGAUUGGUGUUAUAUUUUCUUGUUUUUCAUCUUAAUUUUAGAUUCAGUCAGUUUGUAAUUACUAUUGAGGUGAGCUACAAGUUUUACACAUUAUAAGAAGUAAUCAACAUAUUAA